UACCCUGUGCGGUGGUUGUGGUGUCAGGCAAAAAACCCCGUCUUGGAGUUCCUCUUCUUCUCGUCUCUUGCCCUCUUCCGUCCCCUGUUCUGAUUCCUCCCCAAAAUUCCUCCGCAUUCUUGUGCCAACGGCGACGGGAAGGGAGAGGCGAGGCCUACUGGCACUGGACUGGCGUUCAUUGCUCCCUUCCCCUGCUGGGCGUUUUAUCUACUAACAUCCAGAUCCCAAUGGAACAUAGCUCCGAAGAAGAAUCUGAGAUUAGUGAUUCGGAGAUCGAUGAGUACAAGGACAAGAUUUACGCUCAACUGCGGGCCGGAAAACUGAAAGUGCAAUAUGGAGAGAAAACCUUCCGAUGCCCAUUCUGUCUGGGAAAAAAGAAGCAGGAUUACAACGGCAAGGAUCUUAUGCAGCAUGCCUCAGGAAUAGGGGUUGCCCCAAAACGCACGGCUAGGGUGAGGGCAUCACACCUAGCACUUGCUGAGUUUGUGAAGAAUGAUUUGGCCAGCUCACUGGAGCCAUCAUUGAAACUUGCCAUUGUUGAGUGCAAGCCUCCUAAGAAAGAAGAAGAGAAGUUUGUAUGGCCAUGGAUGGGUAUUCUAGUUAAUGUACCAACUGAUCUCAAGUGCGCAAAUUCUGUGCAAGAACGCGAGGAUAUGCUAAGAUCACAGUUAUCACGGUUCAGACCAUGCCAAGUCAUAGUUAAGUUGGAUUCCAACGGCCAAAUUAAUCACUCCAUCAUCAAGUUUUCUGAAGAUUGGACUGGAUUGGAGGAUGCAUUAGCUUUUGAAAAGCAUUUCAUAGUGGAGAAGUACAGCAAGACUGACUGGAACAAAAUAAACUGUAGAAAGGACGAUCUGUACGGAUGGCUUGCAAGAUCUGAUGAUUAUGACUCUCCUGGGACAAUAGGAGAACAUUUAAGGAACAUUGGAGUUCUAAAAAAAAUUAGUGACCGGGAACAGGAGGGAACUGACAGGCGUGUAGCUUAUUAUAAACGCCAAAUGGAAGAGAAGAAUGAACGUUUACAGGAACUGGAGCUGAAGAACAAUCAAAAUGCCAUGAAACUUGAUAGGAUGAUGAAUGACAAAGAUCGAUUGGUUCAGGAACAUAAUGAAAAGAUAAGAAAGAUGCAGCACGACGCUGCUAUGAAUUCUGGGAAAAUACUUGCAGAGAAUCACAGAUUGCAACAGGAACUGGAGACCAGGAGAGAUGAAAUCAGACGGAGUCAUGAGAAAUUUGAAGAGUUGGCUAGAAAAAGUAAUAUAAACAGAGCAAAAAUCGAAGCAGAGAAAGAAAAGAAUGCAAACGAGAACAUUCUUCUUGACUUAGCAACCCUAAAGCAUAAGAAGGCGGAUGAGGAGCUUAGACAGCUUGUCAAGAAACACGAGCAAGAGAAAGAAGAUGCUUUUAAGAGGCAAUACAAAUUGGAAGAGGACUUAACUUCUAAGCAGAAUCUUGAGAUGGAAUUAGCACAGUUGAGAGGAAAGUUAGAGGUAAUGAAGCACAUGGGAGCUGAGGCAGAUACAACAUCGAAGGAAGUUGAUAAGAUUUCUGAAGAGCUGAAAGAAAAAGAUGAACAACUUGAUGCCAUGGAUUCUAUUAACCAGGCCCUUAUUAUUGUGGAACGAAGGACCAAUGAUGAGCUUGAACAAGCCAAAAAAGAACUUAUAAAGGGCCUACAAGAGAUGUCAGUAACUCGAUCCAUUAUUGGUGUCAAAAGAAUGGGCAUCCUUGAUGAAAAAGCAUUUCUUGCUGCAUGCAAAAAGAAAGCUGCAAAUGAUGUUUCUAAAAAAGCAGAAAAUUAUGACUUAGAAGGGGAGUCAAUACUUCUGUUAACAAAAUGGGAACAUGAGAUCACGCAACCAGAUUGGCAUCCUUUCAAAGUUAUCGAUGUUAAUGGACAUGCAAAGGAAAUAGUGCAGGAGGACGAUGAGAAGCUGCAAGCCCUCAAGGAAGAAGCUGGGCAGGAGGCCCGCGAUGUUGUGGUGAAGGCCCUUCUUGAGAUGAACGAAUACAACCCGAGCGGCAGGUAUGCCGUACCCGUGCUUUGGAACUUCAAGGAGAAUCGGAGGGCACCCCUUGAUGAGGCAGUCGACUACAUGUUGAAGCAGUGGAAGCUGAACAGGAAGAAGAAGACCUACUUCGGAUGAGCGAGACCCGGCAUCUCCUAGCUAGCUAGUCCCUGGCCUGUGGUGUUAACAGGCUCCUAAAUCGUACUACUUGCUAUCGUAGUAGUAGAGCCCUUUGGUACUAGUAUAUCCGUUGCCACCAUUUGAACUGAACGAAAUGAUCACAAUGCUGAACAGACCCAACAUUAUGAUUUGGCAAACUUGGCGCUACAAGAACGUUUAGGCAUCAAGCAUUGUUUUGUGUCA